UUUUUUGGGAGCUCCGUAGAAGCCAGAAAGAACCAUGCUGACGUUUUUGGCGCUGGCGUCGGUCGUCCUCCUGGGAAUAGUGCCUGAGCAGUCCCAGGCCAUAGUGAUUUACACCAGCUGGGAGCGUCACGCCCUGUUGGGCUCCGACAUCCGGCUGUCCUGCUCCUUCUUCUCCUGGCGCUGGACCUCUGAGGACGUGACUUUCUCCUGGACGUACAGGCCCGAUGGCUCCCGGGACAGCAUCUCUAUCUUCCACUACACCAGCGGCAUGGCCUAUGUGGACAACAAGGGCCCCUUCAGGGACCGCGUGGAGUUUGUGGGGAACCCCGGCCGCCGUGACGGCUCCAUCCUGAUCAAGAACCUGGACUACAACGACAACGGCACCUUCACCUGCGACGCCAAGAACCCCCCUGACAUAGUGGGCCGGCCCUCCAGCGUCCGCCUGCUGGUCUUUGAGAAGGUGCCCAUCCAGGCUGGCGUGAUCACAGGAGCCAUCAUCGGGGUGGUGCUGGGCCUGCUGGUGCUCAUCGUGGUCAUCUACUACCUGAUGAGGUUCCUGGUGGCGCGCCGCGUCUUCAGCCUCAGCGUCAGCAAACAUGGCAAGAAAAAGAAGGAGGGAUCACAGCAGAGACAGCUCUGGACACCACCCCCCACUUGCUACCCCCUCCCCUAA